CGACCGAAACGCACAGCUGUCAAAGUUUGCGUUUCGGUACUUCCUUCUAUCAUCGACUGUCGUCGGGCGGACGUUCUUUCCGAGUACAUUUGCCAAUAUGCCUCCGAAGAAGGAUACCAAGGGUUCGGCAAAACAGCCGCAGAAGACCCAGAAGAAGAAGGAGGGGUCCGGUGGCGGUAAGGCCAAGAAGAAGAAGUGGUCCAAGGGAAAGGUUCGCGAUAAGCUGAACAACCAGGUCCUCUUCGAUAAGGCCACAUAUGAGAAGCUCUACAAGGAAGUACCCGCCUACAAGCUGAUCACCCCGUCGGUAGUGUCCGAACGUCUGAAGAUCCGUGGUUCUCUGGCCAAGCGCGGUCUACGGGAGCUGUGCACUAAGGGUCUGAUCCGGAUGGUUGUUCACCACCACGCUCAGGUCAUCUACACCCGCACCACCAAGGGAGACGAUCCAGUUGCGUAAAUGCUGCUAGGUCAAGUAUUGUUAACCGAGAUCCUAUGUUAGGUGGAGAAGUGCUGCGUGUGUACGAAAAACUGGCUCGAUCGCCCAUGUUUUGCGGUACUUUCUGACGGAAGGGGAAAAACUUUUUUGGGAUUCGCCAGCAGGAUGUAAAGAAGGUGAAAAUGCGAAAGAGGAGAUAAUAUACUUAUUUCUAAGUACAAAAA